AUGGCACUUCCACAAACUGUUGGCUUCAAAGCUGAAGCAGUCGAUGAAGAAGGAGUUUGGUGUGCGUGCACUGUUGAAGAAGUAGACGAUGAUUACGUGAUCAUUUCCUUUGAUGGCGGAAAUGCGGAGUGGAAUCGCCGCGUCUGUGAUCCAUGUAUCAAAAUGUAUUCAGUUCGUUUGUUUACGUUAGGCUACAAGGACAAACUGGAAUUGUGCUCUAAAUCAAGAGAAAUGGUAAAAGAUAUCGAAAUAAAAAAGACCAGUAAAUAAGCACCCCUUAUCUACAUAACAUUCCCUUCAGUGAACAAUGUCUUCGCUUUAAGAAGACCGACUUUUACUUUUAAAUAUCACCCAAACCAUUAUGAAAACAACUAGACCCUGUGAGCAGGGUAACUGGGAUACCUGGAUGGUACUGGAUCCUUGGGAUCAGGUGUAGUGAUACUACGGGUGUCGGACUAGUAUACUAAAUCUCGUUGAACUGAGUUUCUAUGGGCUUCCUUAUUAGCUUGGACUUGUGAUAUAAUCUUAUCUUUGUCUGCAGGAUCCAGUGUUUUAUACCAUUCUGCUCUGCCAGACAAAAGUUUCUUUUUCUUAAGGAUUCAAUGACUUAUACCAUUCUGCUAUUUUUUGUUUUUGUGCAGAAUUGAGCGAGUUAAACCAUUCUGUUCUCUUUUGUUUUUGAGCAGUAUCCAGUGAUUUAUACCAAAUUGCUCUGCCAGACAAAAGAUUUCGUUUUUCUGCAGAACCAAGUGAUUUAUACCAAUCUGCUGAUUUGGACAAAAGCUUUUCUUUUCCUUUGGGAUUCAGUGAUUUAUAUCAUUCAGCUCUGUGAGAUAAGAGCUUUUCUUUUUCUGCAAGAUCCAGUGACUAGUACCAUAUUGCUUUAUCAGACAAAACUUUUUUCUUCAUGGCAGUUUCCAUUUGUGCAUAGGUUUCUUUUGUCCUUUUUGCAUAUAGUUCUUUCUGAGUAUGAGACUUAUGUCUUGCCAUUACUCUUUGUCUUCCAGCAUUUGACAAAUUAGUUGAACAACAUAGAAAUUUGUUACAAUAUUCUACAUCUUUACUCUGGAAUUGUUUUUUUACAAUAUCCACUAAUGACUGAAUAAGAAAAUAUAUGUCAUUCAUUUUUUCAAAUUUAUCAAGGUGCCAUUAGGACUGAAUCUUAUGAUAGUACUUAACACAUUUGCUUUUUUCUUAUAUUAUUGUGCUGAAAAAUACAGCUGAAGCAAUAAUUUGAGAUCCACAUUAAAAACCCAGUAUUAUCCUUAGUAUUAUCUGUGAUUAGCUUCUGAAGCAAAAAUUUGCUACCGAGAGAUGUACAGCAUAGUAUUCCUUUUUUCUCCAAAUUUAAGGCAAUAUCAAUAUCUGCAUCAUAUAAUUGAAGUGUCCUUGAGAAAUUGUUUAUAGUCAGUGGAUGGCUAUCGCCAUUGAGUUUUUCUAUGUAAAACUUGUUUGCAUGGUCAGUGAUUCUACCUAGAGUCUGUGAAUUCCAAUACCCACAAUAUUUGAUGAUGGAAAAACAAAUGCUAUAAAAAGAUGUGGCACAACAGCAUAACAAGGGAAUAUGAAUGGUUAUAAUUUCUGCAUCUGCAUGAUUUGCUUUAAGGGGGACAGCUGACAACUGUUGAUCAGAAAUAUCUGUCAUAUCACAUUGUCUUUCAUUAAUAUGUACACCUUUGAGUUCAAAUAAAACAUUUGGAUCCUGAUAAAGACCUUGAAAUAGGUUAUCAGCUCAUUUAAGGUGUUAACUAAUCUAACACUACACAAGUUCCUUGAGGAUGGGGCAUACCAUAUAAAUUUCUACCAUGAGAAUCAAAUAUCUUAAACUUACCUUCACCAUUACAGUAAAAACCUACUGCAGUACUAAGGAUUGUUAAAAGAAAGGAAUUAUAAUUUUGUCCUGGCAAAGCCUGCAUAGCAUUAGCAAAUGUGACACAAUAAUUGAAAUCUUGUACUUCACAAGUACCAUGUAUAGUACCAGUAUAGCUUGGACUAUAUUGAAGCUGAUAAUUAAUAUUGAAUACUAUUAUCAUUUCAGGUACUUCUGUUAACAAUAAAUAGGAUUGCCUGGAUAGACAAGAUAGACCAGAAUACAAUUCGUUACCAAUGUUCAUGAUAUUAACCAAGUCCACUGAGGAUACAACACCAUUCCUCUUGUUAUAUAUGAGGGAAACAAGUGACAUAGCUACAAACUAUGUACCAGCAUUUAAUCCAAACAUUGCCACGUUGUCUUGACUGUAAGGAGCUUGAAUUGUUUUAGUAGAAUUAAUAACAGGACCAGGGUUUGUUUCUAUAUCUCCAGAUAGAUUGGACUUAAAAUGAUCUACCCUGUGAUUCAGAUUUUUAUAAACAUUUGGUACUGAUUUAGACCUCCAUGCAUUCGACUGCUUUGGCUUUGGACUUUUUAUUACAUGUGGAUAUUGGUUUUAUAUUUUCAGUAUCCUUUGUUUUUUAGACUUUGGAUAUUUUCUCCUGACUGCAGAAGAGGGAUAUUUCGUUGUUCCUUUAUUCUCACAUCUGAUUCCAUGUGCAUAUAUUUUUUUUACGAGCUUUACUUGUAAAAAGAUGCAUUCGGGAAGACUUCUGUUUGCUUUUUCUGAUGUACUUACUUUCCUGGAUUUCUUCAAAAUACGUAUAAUUCUUUUCUUUGGUAUUCUGCUGGGCUCACGAUCACGAACACCAUGCGUACGAGGGCGAUUAAAAUAAACGAAUUUGUUGAAUCGAGAUCUACAGUUACAGACUGUAUUUAUUUAAAAUGCUUCAUCUUGCUAUUAUUAAGCUUAUUAUCAUAUUUAAAGAAAGCGACAAAACUUUUGAGUUUGUGAAACAUGUUUCGACAGAAACUUCUGUCAUCUUCAGUUAAUUACUGUACAAAGUGUUGAAAGUAGAACAAUGCUAAUUAAGAUGAAUAGUGACAACAAGAAGAGAGGUAAAGCAUGAAAGCGUGAGAAUUAAAAGAUAGUUUUAGAUUUACAUGGUGUAAUUGUUGAUUUAAAGAUGGUUGUUCUCUUUGAAUAUGAAUAGCCUCUUUUAUCUUAUGCUGAAAACCGGUAAAGGCGUGAUCUAAAACGUGGAAGUUAUCUGCUGAACAUAAAGCGCGACAAUGCGGAGAAUCUUUCAAAUGCCUGAAAAUGUGAGAGGCCUUGUCACUGACUAAGUGCUCUCUAACACGUGUGGAAAAAUGCCGGCAGGUUUCACCGACGUAACAGGCAUUACAGCCAGCACGUACAAACUUGUAAACCACACGUGAACGGAGCCCAUCAGGGACAGGGUCUUUCACACCAAACAAGUUACCGAUUCUGGAGGAAGAGAAAACCAAUUUGAUAUCCAAGUCAUUGCAAUAGCGCUUAAUAAAAUUGCGGAUCUUUUUUUGAGUGAUAGCAGAAAAGUGGCCUAUGCUCGACAAGAAACAACCUGAUUAUUCUUUUGAGCAACUAAAUAAAUUGCAACAGCGGCAUUUCCACAGGGGAAAACAAAGGAAAAAACAACAAUUGCAACAUAAACAUGGACACCAGAAUGGAUGUGGGUAUACCCAGGAUCACAUGCAGAAGAAAAUCAGAGAAGAAGAAAAGAGAAAGCCACAGCGUGGAUGGAGGUUAAGGAGUGAGGUGUAUAAUGCAGCUACCCUCAGAGCUGGCUAUCAGUAAAGUGCAUGAGGGCUAACAUGUCGCACUCUCUGCAAACAAGAUAGGAGAAGACAAACAAUGACAAGGCUACCCGAGAACAAGCUUCACAAGGUAUCUGAAUCAAACUGCCUUUCUUUUGUGAUCUAUUUCAUCAGUAUGUAAAGCAAUCUAAUGAACAAAUUUCAAUUCAACAUCAAAUAAUUCCCACAAAAAGAAUCUCAACGGUGUAUUAAAAAACUCUUGGAAAAGAGCAAUUAUCAUUACCAAGAAAUCAGAAUAAUUAGACCUUCAAUGAAUCUUACACUGAAUCCUACAAGUAGAUUUUAGGGGAACCAAACCUCAAUUAUUUCAGCAUUGUAGGAACUGGAUACAAAGAGUUAUAGAAAAAAAUUCAGAUAUAAAAACAGUUGCAUAAGGCUCAAAGGUCAGACUACAGAGCUCACAGUAAAUAAAUAUUUAUGAUUGCAACUAUUGGAGGCAAGUGGCACAAUUUGCACAAAAAUUUAAAACAAUGUCAGCUACUUUGAUUUUCUAAUUCCGUGUUUAGUGCCAUUUGGAACAUACAAAAUUAAGUGUUUGUCAUUCUUAUCAUCAAAGAAUACUAUUUCACUCCCAAGGAAAAGAGAAAGAUAAUGUGAAAAAAGCCACACUAUCCAAAGUAGAGGCAAUUAUAAAUACAUUUUAUUACUCCUCCCUUUCUGUGUAAAUCAAAAAAUUUUUUGCAGCAGAACGAAUAUUCUUCAACUAGUUGACCCAAUGAGAUAUAAGCAAUCCUUGCAGCUAUUAACACUACUGAACUAGUAGUUGAAAUGAGACCUGAAAAAAUUUCAGGCCGUACAGGAUUUGAACCAUGACCUCUGCAAUACCAGUGCAGCGCUCUACCAACUGAGCUAACAAGCCAACUGGGAGCUGUUCAUAAUGUUGGAUUCAAAUAAACCUUCCAAGUGAUGAAUAAUUACUGGAAAUUGAUGAAAAUCAUAUAAGUGCACUACGGUGAAGAAAAGAGAUAUAAGUGAUCCUUGCAACUAUUUUUUUCAGGUCUCAUUUCAACUACUAGUUCAGUAGUGUUCAUAGCUGUGAGGAUCACUUAUAUCUCAUUUCUUCACUGCAGCGCACAUAUAUAAUUUUCAUAUAUUUCCAGUAAACAUUUGACCCAAAUUUGUUUCAUUCAAGAAGAUUACCCUCAAGGAAAUAAAAAGUUGGAAUUCACUUUAAAAAUUGGAUUCAAUUUUGCAGCGCAACUGUUCUGUAAUAUAUAUCACAGAUGACAUAAAAAUGUGCCAAGUUAAAAGAAAAAAAAGUGGCACACAAGACACUACUGUGUGUCAUUGAUGCAAUUAUCCUAACAACAUUUUGAUCUCUUCUGUGAUCAAUUGCUGUUGGUUGGAUAUGAUAAAAAAAUUAAAAAUGCUGUCAAUGGUGACAUCAUCUGUACAUCUGUCCCCCAAUAGAUCAUAAGAAAGAACCAAUCAAAGUGCAUGUUUAAUUCAGCUCAUCAUCUUAACCCUUUAACUCCCCAAGAUCUCAUUAGUCAUUCUCCUUACUGUCUGCAAUACAAUUCUGGUGAUGUUAGUUUGGAGAAUUUGGAAUUGGAACAACCAAUAAUCCCCUAAUUGAUAUUUUUCUUCAUUCUCAUCACUUGUCUGCUUGAUAUUAUACUUACAGUGUAAGGAGAAAUUCUGUCUGGGUCACUAGUGGGACUUGAAGGGUUAUGAAGAAUGGGCAUUGGUGGCAAGGUGAGAGAGGCCACCUAAACCCAAAAUCACUGCUAAAGGACCUGGGGAUGAGUAAGGAUAUUCUCUGGAACAAAUAAGUUUCUAAUCAAGAUUUUAAGGGUUAAAGCCAAGUGGAACUGAACAAAUCAAGUUAGACUUCUGGUCAUGAGUAGUAUCAUAUUAGAUACAAUUAUACUUCACAACAUCAUGAGCUCACUUAACUCUUUAACUCCCAAGAUCUCAUUAGUAAUUCUCCUCACUGUCUGCUUAAAGUUCUUGUGAUGUUAGUUUGGAGAAUUUGGUAUUGGAUCAAUUUAUAAUUCCCUAAUUGAUAUUUUUCCUCAUUUUCAUCACUUUUCAGCAUGAUAUUGUAUUGAUAUUGUUAGGAGAAAUUCUGUCUUGGUCACUCAUUGGAGUUAAAGGGUUAAAGAACAUAAUUCAACUGUGUCACUACAUUAAGCAUACUGACACAAUUUAAGUCUAAGUUUACUUUGUGAACAGGACUUGUGGGUUAAUUUUGCAACGUUUCUGUACAUUGCUUAACACUAGCAAGUAAAAGGGAAUUUUUGUCAACAGAAUCCUCCUAAAAAGCUCAAAAGUAAAAGAGAAUAAGUUACUCACAGUAUUUCUGUCAUCAAAUCUUUGGAUAAUUAUAAAAUAUCUUUAGUCUUCUAAAAAGUAAAACCAAAAAAUUUGUUACAUCAGAAAUUUAAAUAUCUUACAGCAAUUACCCCCUAUUUACUUGUAAGACAUUUUUUACAUUUCCUUUGAGUUGUGGCGCAUUUUAAUAAACCACCUGGAUAAAACAUUCAGGAAUACUGAACACCAAAUUGUCUAGAAGUUGUUUUUCAUUCAACUGCUUUCAUCACAAGCAUUCCUUAGAAACAAUUAAGCAUAGCCAACCUGUUAAACUGUCCAAAUAACCAUACAAAAUCACGAGGUAUUUGUACAUGAGUAGUGCGUUAUUUGUACUCAACUCAGUGCAGUUGGAAAAUAAAAAUAAUUACGAUAUUCUCUACUCAGUAAAGGUAAUACUGUUUCUGAUUUAACAUAAACCUAAAUCCUGUUGGUCCCAGAGUUCCACUGUAUUCCUUUUAUACACCAUAAAAUAAGGUUUGGUUGAAUCAGACCAGUUGUUCUCCAUUAGAUAAAUUAUCAUUUUCUUUACUCAAUGAUUUGCAUCUAAAUCUCUUUGUCAGAGGUGUCAUCAAAUCCUAACAUACACUUAAAUGUAAUCAACAAUAUAAAAUCAAGAAGAAGAGAAUAAGCUUAAUUGUAUUCAUUUGGUAAACAUUUGGGAAUAUUUUACAAUAUGCUCAUUAAAUGUGAAGCAGAUUUAGAAAAUUAAUCUCAGUACUGACAUGUACAUUAAUGCAAAUUCAGACAGGUUUUCUGUUAUGACACUUAACUUGGUUCAAGAGGUGGGCAUUGGAAUUUUUGGUUAACAGUUUGGGUUACAGUUUCUCUUCGAUCUGAGCAGCAAUUACACGCCUCCACUGAUCUCGAAUUGCUGUUAAAUGCAAAUGUUAUCAAGAGGAAUGCAUGACAAACCAAUUAAAAUAUCACAGGGAUCCCUAGGUAGUCUACAUGUAGCCAUACCCACUCCCUCCCCCAAGGUGAGGGGGAGUGGAGGGUAAGGGUACACAUAAAAGGAUACAGCUAUGCACGGAACAUUGCCAGAGUUUCUUUAUCAACGCCACCUCGAAGUUAGAAACCAAGUUACAGGCCACAUGUGACUGAUUGAUUCAACAUUCCUAUAGAAUCUCCAAACUUUCAGGUCUUACUUCACAAAUGGAAAUGUUAGAUUAGGGAUUUUCUAUGAAACUUUCCAGAGCAGCUAUAGCUUUUAGCAACUGCAAAAUUGAAAUCCUAUAGAGGACUUUUGUGCAAAUUUCCUUAAUUUAACUAGGCUCCAUUUCCAGCUGCUGAGUCCACAGAGACCAUGCUCGAGGUUCUCAAUAGAGCAGCUGUUAAUUUAAACAGAUACUAGAAGAUACAAAUGCCAAGUCCAUGGCAUUCAUAAAUCCUGCAAUGAAAUUAGUGUAGCUAACUCUGUAUGCUCCACUUGUCACCACUGUAUCAGAUCCAUCAAGGUUUUAAUAAUUGGGAAGUGAAAAUGUAUUGGUUUUGACAGUUUUGCAUGCAGUUUUCAGUUUUGAUCAAAAUUUUUUUUUUUGCUUUUUGGUUUUGGAUGAUUUUUUUCUACAGUUUUGCAGAUUUUAAUUGGCCCCAAUGCCCCUCUCAUUCAACUAUAAGACUGAAAAUGAUAUGUUAAAUUAUUUUACAAUCAUUUACCUGAAAAGCACAUAUUUGAACACAAUCAGUGUUGAUAUUUUCUUCUGUAUUUUAAAUAAAGCUUUUUGAAGUAUCAAAGGAGGAUCAAAAUCAAUGGAAACUUAAAAGUGAAACAGAUUUCUAUCCAAUAUCUCCAACACUCAGUGUACAACACCUCAGCCUCCCAAGCUAAAUAAAUAAAUAUCAGAAACUUAUAAAAGCUUUGCAAAAUUAUGUAGAAGUGAAGAAAUCAGUAAUUUCAUCUCAAAACCCAAAUGUCAAAGGUUCAACAUCAUAUGCUGCUAAAAAGAAAGGUAACAUACAUGUUUAAGAAUUAAAAAUAACUGAACAGAUAAUUUGAGGAAGGAGAUCUGUAUAGUAUCCACAGAAGUGGAGUUGUAAAAAUAAGAAUCUUCAGAAGAUGAUGUUGUCUUCCAAAAACUUUUCCCAAAGCUUGAUGCAGAAUGGCUAUACCUAUAAAGAAAACAGUUGAUCUUAAUUUCAACCCAAGAAAACUAAAUAAAUUAUAAAAUCACACAAUAUCUAAAGAGUAAUUCUUCCCUUUUAUUGCUUCACAUUUCCUUGUGAAUUAGUUGAAAGAGAAUUUGGUUAACCCUUUACCUCUCAGAAGUGAUUAACAUGUCACAUCUCCCUAUAAUAUCUAUGCAUUAUCCAGCAAACAGGUAUUGAGAAUACUCAAACUCAUCUGGUAGAAGAUAUUACCUUGAUCAAACACCAAAUUCUUGUAAAAAUUAUCAAGGAAAUGUGUAGCAGCUAGAGGGGACAAUUAACAAUCAAAUCUUGGGAGUUAAUGGUAGAGACCAUAGAUCUACAUCAAAGUAGCUGAUAAGAUUGCCUUGUGCACUUCAACUCUUUCAAUUCCAAGAGUGACCAAAAAGGUCAUAGGUAAAACUAUUACACAUCUCAAAUAAACAAAUCAACACAUAUUAUCCACCAAGUCAUGAGAUCAGUUACUAAUGAUUUACCCAUGAAUUUUUGAGAUAGCUUUCAAUAAUUAACAUAUAAAAAUAAUCAUUUAAACCCUGCAUAUAUCAUUGUGCCUUCUAUAUCUAACCAAAGCAAAAAUAUUCUUAACGAUUUUUGAGUUUUGAAAGUGCAAAAAACGUUUUAAACCCAGCUAAAUAGUUUGUUGCCUUGUAUACAAUGAAUCAACUAUUUUCUGUACAACAUCUUUGUGUUGCCUAGAAACUACAUUUCUUUCAACCAGAAAGGAGAAAUUUUUAUUAUAUUAAUUACAAUAAUAUCAAAUUCCCUGCACAUAGGGGGAUACAAAUAAACAAAUAUAUCGGGCACACUAUAUUUCAUUAAUAAAGAAGUAAGUUUCUAAAGAAACUGCGGUACUACAUCGGCGGGAGAGUAGCUUUGAAACUCUUAACGGUGACCAAUUUACGCAAUCAACUCAGUUGAUAAUACCAAAUUACCUUCGUAGACCCCAUUUACAUAACUAAAAAUUUUCUUUCUUAGAUUAAGAAGAAAUGCACAGCGGUUCUAACGGAGAAUUGCUGAACAGAUCUUAA